AUGGCGAAUCUGAAACUGAGUUCAAAGCUAACCAAAUUGUUUCCUAUAGCAAGAUCACGAGUUUUUGUCACUGCUGCCCGACCUUUACAAGGGAGAAGCAAGGAAGCAGAUCAAUGUCAAAAUGUGAAAGAAGCAGCAGAAGAUGUAAAAGAAGGAGCGAAACAAGUGAAAGAAACCACCGAGUUCAUCAGAGACACCACGGCAUCAACUGCUCGAAAAUAUAUGCAUAUUACAAAAAUGACAGAAAAAGUGAGCGAGGCAACGGAGGCCAUCACGGAGAAAGCAAAGGGAUCAAUGACAGGUGUAUUGGGAGUUAAAAAAAACUUAUCAAACUGGUUUUGUGUUGUAUCAAGCUAA